UGUUUCGCUCCAAACAACACUGGGAUGGAGUGUUUCGGCAAAUGGCCAGAGAGUACGGCCCGGUCUUCACGUUCUGGUUGGGCGGUUCGCCGCACGUCGUGGUCGCCGACACAGAGCUGGCGCGGGAGGCCUUCCGGCGCAAUGAGUUCGCCGGUCGACCAAAAUCUUAUUUUGGUGGCCAAUUGUCUAACGAAGAGCACCGGGAUGUGGCGUUCACCGAUUACGGUCAUACAUGGGAGGCGCUCAGACGGGUGGCCCACUCGGCCGUGCAAAAGUAUUCAACAAAUGAUAAAUUGGUUGUUUUGGCCAACGAUUGCGUCGACCGUUGCGUUAAAGACAUGAUAGAUAAGGAAGGAGUGGGCAAACCAUUUGCUGUCAGGGAUUACGUCUACCUAAUGGUACUCAACAUUCUGGCCACCAGUACUUUCGGACAGAGUUAUGGUUUGGAUGAUCCAGAGUUCCGGCAAAUAAAGUACUCGAUAUAUGACUUUCGUCGAGAAGCAGGCGCUCGGCUCCUGUUAUGGGAAUUCUCGCCUAUUAUUAGACUUUUGGACAAAAGUUUAGUUAAGAAACAACGGAUGGUUUGGCAGGAAAUGAAAGAUACGAUUAGAAAGAAAUUCAUCAAACAUUAUGACGACUAUAACGAGUUAAUUGAGAGAGACUUUUGCGAUGCACUCAUCAGUGCUAAGAAUGACGCCCUCAGAGACGGCAAAGAGUCGGCCCCUUAUCUCACGGAUACCAACCUCUCGAUGGCUAUCAUUGAUCUCUUCAUCGCCGGAACCGAUACCACACAACAGACUUUCCAAUGGAUUAUACUUCUGAUGACAUACUAUCCGGAAAUGCAGCAGAAGUUGAGACAAGAGAUUGAACAAGAGAUUGAGUCCCAAAUCGGAGACCGAAUGCCAACACAUGAGGACAGGAAUCGAUGCCAUUAUGUCAUGGCUUUCAUCGCUGAGACACUGCGGGCCCGGAAUCCGUUGCCCUCUGCUCUUCCCCAUAAAGCUGUAGUCACCAGCAAUUAUACAAUACCUAAAGAUACAGCAGUUUUUGUAUAUCAGGGAAUUAUUUUACGCAAUGAUAGCGAUUGGGAAAACGCCGAGAAAUUCAUACCCGAAAGGUUUGUGGACAGUGCGGGACAGUUCAUCACAACCCGACCCAAAGCCUAUAUACCCUUCGGUGUGGGCCGUCGUGUCUGUCCGGGCGAAAGGCUGGCCAUCGCUGACCUGUUCCUGAUUUUGGUCCGAUUUCUUCAAUUAACACAAGACUAUGAGAUAACAGUCGACAGUGAGUUAGGCAUUAAAGCCGAUCCUAAUAUUACCGAUUCUUACAGUCCUCUACCACCAGGACCAUUCCCACUGCCCAUAAUUGGCAAUGUGCUUGCAUUCAAAUCGACCAAGUCCGUUUUCGAUGUGUUCAAGGACUUUGGCUACGAGUACGGCCCGGUAUAUACCUUCUGGAUAUUCAAUAGGCCUCACGUGAUGGUCACGGAUGUGGACAUCGCUCGCGAGGCGUUCAGGAAGAAUGACUUCGCGGGUCGACCCGACUCUUACUUCGGCAGUCAACUGUCUAACGAUCGCUUUCAAGACGUUCUCUUCACAGACUAUGGUCACACGUGGGAAGCGCUCCGACGGGUGGCCCUCUCGGCCGCACAAAAGUACUCAACAAAUGACAAACUCGUGUAUUUAGCCGUUGAUUGUGUCGACCAAACAGUGAAGGAAAUGUUGAACAGGGAGGGAACGGACCGGGCAUUUAAUCCGCAAAACUAUAUCUACUUAAUGUUUCUCAAUAUUAUGUCCGCCAGUGCUUUCGGCCAAAGAUUUAUACUGUAUAACAUUGAAGACAAGGAAUUCAAGCAAAUAAAGUAUGCGCUGAAGGACUUUGGCAAAGAGGCCGGCAGUCGGUUCCUGUUGUGGGAGUUCUCGCCGUUAUUGAGAUUUUUGGACAAAAAGUUGGCACAAAAACAGCGAACAAUUAUUGCAGAAUUGGUUGAAAUGAUUAGA